CUGAUAACCAAAACCGCUGCAAAGUGACUAACAGUCAGCGUUGCGGGAACGGGACGGAAGAACCCGCCACGGGCACUCCUCCGGCGGCCUCUCCGGAAUGAGGCCUCCGCUCUCGCGCGGGAUCGCCACCCUCGGCCGGGAGAGCGUCAGGAGAGGCCCAAGACGAGACCAUGCCUGGGAAGCUGAAGGUGAAAAUCGUGGCCGGGCGCCAUUUGCCAGUGAUGGACCGAGCUAGUGACCUGACUGAUGCCUUCGUGGAGGUAAAAUUUGGUAAUACCACCUUUAAAACAGAUGUGUAUCUCAAGUCCCUCAACCCUCAGUGGAACUCAGAAUGGUUUAAAUUUGAGGUGGAUGAUGAAGAUUUACAAGAUGAACCUCUACAGAUCACAGUUCUUGACCAUGAUACUUAUAGUGCAAAUGAUGCCAUUGGUAAAGUGUACAUUGAUAUUGAUCCUUUACUCUACAGUGAAGCCGCAACAGUCAUCUCAGGAUGGUUUCCCAUUUAUGAUACCAUACAUGGUAUUCGUGGGGAAAUCAAUGUAAUUGUCAAAGUAGACCUCUUCAAUGAUUUAAAUCGAUUUAGGCAGUCAUCAUGUGGAGUCAAAUUCUUUUGCACAACAUCUAUUCCAAAGUGCUAUAGAGCUGUAAUAAUUCAUGGAUUUGUAGAAGAACUUGUGGUCAAUGAAGACCCAGAAUAUCAGUGGAUUGAUCGAAUUCGCACACCAAGGGCAUCAAAUGAGGCCAGACAGAGACUCAUUUCUUUAAUGUCAGGUGAACUGCAGAGGAAGAUUGGCUUGAAAGUGCUUGAAAUGAGAGGAAAUGCGGUUGUUGGGUACUUACAGUGUUUUGAUCUGGAAGGCGAAUCUGGUUUAGUGGUACGAGCCAUAGGAACAGCGUGUACACUGGAUAAAUUAAGUAGCCCAGCAGCAUUCCUUCCUGCAUGUAAUUCCCCAUCCAAAGACAUGAAGGAGAUUCCCUUCAAUGAAGAUCCCAACCCCAAUACUCACUCAUCAGGACCCUCCACCCCUCUGAAAAACCAAACUUAUUCCUUUUCACCUUCCAAGUCCUACAGCCGACAGUCCUCUUCUUCUGACACAGAUUUGAGUUUGACACCCAAAACUGCACCUUACCCACAGGGUUCUAGGAUUUUCCUGUAUCCCAGCUCCCCCUCUCUCUCUUGUGGUUCCCUUCAUCUUAAAAAGUCCUGUCUCCUCCUCUCGGAAUCUAGCCUUCCCCCUCAUCAUUCUAGCCUUGUCAGCCCAGUUCUGAGGAAAAGUGUUUCUUUCAGUGACGAGCUGUUCCUGGCUGCUUCUGGAAUGGGAAGUGGUAGUGCUGGAAAAGAAGGGGGGCCAUUUAAAGCUCUUUUAAGACAACAGACGCAGUCAGCAUUGGAACAGAGGGAAUUUCCAUUUUUUACCUUGACGGCAUUUCCUCCUGGAUUUCUUGUGCACGUUGGGGGCGUUGUUAGUGCACGCUCUGUGAAACUUUUGGAUCGUAUCCACAAUCCUGAUGAACCAGAAACUCGAGAUGCGUGGUGGGCAGAAAUCAGACAAGAAAUAAAGUCACAUGCUAAAGCAUUAGGCUGUCAUGCUGUAGUGGGCUACAGUGAAUCGACUAGCAUCUGUGAAGAGGUCUGUAUUUUAUCUGCAUCUGGCACAGCAGCUGUACUGAACCCUAGAUUUCUGCAGGAUGGCACCGUGGAGAGCUGUUUGGAACAGAGGCUAGAAGAAAAUUUGCCUGCAGGCUGUGGAUUUUGCCAUAUACCAUAUGAUGAACUGAAUAUGCCAUUUCCAGCUCAUCUCACAUAUUGCUAUAACUGCAGGAAACAAAAAGUUCCUGAUGUUCUCUUUACAACUAUAGACCUCCCAACAGAUGCAACAGUUAUUGGAAAAGGUUGUCUCAUUCAAGCAAGGUUAUGUCGCUUAAAAAAGAAAGCACAGGCAGAAGCAAAUGCCACAGCUAUCAGUAAUCUGUUGCCAUUUAUGGAAUACGAAGUCCAUACUCAGCUAAUGAAUAAACUAAAACUCAAAGGAAUGAAUGCUUUAUUUGGACUGAGAAUUCAGAUCACAGUGGGUGAAAAUAUGUUGAUGGGCUUAGCGUCGGCCACAGGUGUAUAUUUAGCAGCAUUACCAACGCCUGGUGGAAUUCAGAUUGCUGGGAAGACUCCUAAUGAUGGCUCCUACGAACAGCAUGUAUCUCAUAUGCAAAAGAAGAUAAAUGACACGAUCGCUAAGAAUAAAGAGUUAUAUGAAAUAAAUCCUCCAGAGAUAUCUGAAGAGAUUAUAGGAUCACCUAUCCCAGAACCUCGACAACGCUCAAGACUCUUAAGAUCUCAAUCAGAAAGUUCUGAUGAAGUUACAGAAUUGGACCUUUCACAUGGGAAAAAAGAUGCUUUUGUUUUGGAGAUUGAUGACACAGAUGCUAUGGAAGAUGUACAUUCUCUCCUUACUGAUGUUCCUCCUCCUUCAGGCUUUUAUAGUUGCAAUACAGAAAUUAUGCCUGGCAUAAAUAAUUGGACAUCUGAAAUACAGAUGUUCACAUCAGUAAGAGUAAUCCGAUUAAGCAGCCUUAACCUGACUAAUCAAGCCCUCAAUAAGAACUUUAAUGAUCUCUGUGAAAAUUUGCUCAAGAGCCUGUAUUUUAAACUACGCUCUAUGAUCCCCUGCUGCCUUUGCCAUGUAAAUUUUACAGUAUCUCUUCCUGAAGAUGAGUUAAUUCAGGUUACAGUCACAGCCGUUGCAAUAACUUUUGACAAAAAUCAGGCUUUACAGACGACAAAAACACAGGUUGAAAAGUCAUUGCAAAGAGCCUCUACAGAUAAUGAAGAACUUCUGCAGUUUCCACUGGAACUCUGUUCAGAUUCACUUCCUUCUCAUCCUUUUCCACCAGCUAAAGAACACCUGGAGAGUGCAAGUUCUAACUCAGGUAUACCAGCUGCACAGAGAGCAACGUCAGUUGAUUACAGUUCCUUUGCAGACAGAUGCAGCAGCUGGAUAGAGCUCAUUAAACUGAAAGCUCAGACCAUAAGGCGCGGAUCAAUUAAGACAACUGUGACAGUUGAAAAAGCAAGUCCAAUGAGUGAAGGAAAUUUCCGGAAUCGUUCUGCUCCACCUUGUGCAAAUUCUACAGUUGGGGUUGUUAAGAUGACACCUCUUUCUUUCAUUCCUGGAGCAAAAAUAACGAAAUAUCUUGGGAUAAUUAACAUGUUUUUUAUUCGGGAAACCACUUCUCUACGUGAGGAAGGAGGAGUCAGUGGUUUUCUCCAUGCUUUUGUCGCUGAGGUGUUUGCAAUGGUGAGAGCUCAUGUUGCUGCAUUAGGAGGGAAUGCUGUUGUCUCCUACAUCAUGAAGCAGUGUGUCUUCAUGGAGAACCCAAAUAAGAACCAGGCACAGUGUCUUAUAAAUGUAAGUGGUGAUGCAGUGGUUUUUGUCCGUGAAUCUGAAUUAGAAGUGGUAUCAUCUCAGCCACCUACUGCCAACUGCCAGUCGUCAUGUCCUGGAGGAGAAGUUACAACCUGAAGUAAAUUAGAAAGAAAGA